AUGGAUGGCUCCGCGCAACCCCCGGUGACGGCGGGAGGUGGCGGCCCCGACGGCGGGGCGGCGGCUGGCGGCGGUGAGGCUUUUGCGGACCGGUCCCUCAGCCAGGGCUUGAGCGUGCUGGUGGGACUGGCGCUGUGCGUGACCAUGCUGGGGCUGGGCUGUGCCGUGGAGCUGGGACAGCUGGGGCAGCAGCUGCGGCGGCCCGUGGGGCUGCUGCUGGCACUGCUGGGACAGUUCGUGGCCAUGCCGCUGCUGGCCUUCCUCCUCGCCCUCAUCUUCGCCCUGGACGAGGUGGCGGCCGUGGCUGUGCUGCUGUGCGGCUGCUGCCCCGGGGGUAACCUCUCCAACCUCAUGUCGGUGCUCGUCGACGGGGACAUGAACCUCAGCAUUAUCAUGACGGCCUCGUCCACGCUGCUGGCCCUCUUCCUCAUGCCCCUCUGCCUCUGGAUCUACAGCCGCCACUGGAUCAACACGGCCGUGGUGCAACUGCUGCCCCUGGGGGCGGUGAGCCUGACGCUGGGUAGCACCCUGCUGCCCAUCGGCCUCGGGGUGCUCAUCCGAUACCGGCACCCCCGCGCCGCCGACCUCCUGGUUAAGAUUUCGCUGUGGUCUCUCUUGGUGACUCUGGUGAUCCUGUUCAUCCUGACUGGGACCAUGCUGGGCCCAGAUCUGAUGGCACACAUUCCUGCAUCCGUCUAUGCCAUUGCGGUGCUGAUGCCGCUGGCCGGGUACGCCUUGGGAUACGGCUUGGCCACGCUCUUUAAAAUGCCCCCCCACUGCAGGAGAACAGUGUCCUUGGAAACAGGGUGCCAAAAUGUCCAGCUCUGCACCGCCAUCCUGAAGCUCACCUUCCCCCCGGAGCUGAUUGGGGGCAUGUACAUGUUCCCCUUGCUCUAUGCCCUUUUUCAGUCGGCAGAAGCCGGACUUUUCGUGCUGCUGUACAAGAUGUAUGGCAGGGAUGGCCACAAGCAGGACGCACUGGGGGAAGAGGACGACACGGAUAUUUCCUACAGGAAGCUGAAGGAGGAGGAGGUGGCUGACACUUCCUAUGGCACAGUGACCACCGAGGAGCACAACUCCAUACAGAUGGAGCCGACGCAGACAGCGCUUUAG